AUGUAUUAUGGACCAGACCGGCUACCCUUCAUGUAUUAUGGACUAGUCCGGCUCCCCCUCGUGUAUUAUGGACCAGACCGGCUCCCCUUCAUGUACUAUGGACUAGUCCGGCUCCCCCUCAUGUAUUAUGGACCAGACCGGCUUCCCUUCAUGUACUAUGGACUAGUCCGGCUCCGCCUCGUGUAUUAUGGACCAGUCCGGCUCCCCCUCGUACCAGACUGGCUCCUCCCCAUGUAUUACAGACCAGACUGGCUCCUCCCCAUGUAUUACAGACCAGACCGGCUCCUCCCCAUAUAUCACGGACCAGACCUGUACCUUCCCGUGUAUUAUGGACCAGACCGGCUCUGCCUCAUAUAUCAUGGACCAGACCAUUCAUCCAUGUGUAUUACGGACCAGAGUGGCUCACCCAUAGUGUAUUACGGACCAGACUGCCUCCCCCUCGUGUAUUACGGACUAGACUGGCUCCCCUUCAUAUAUUAUGGACCAGUCCGGCUCCCCUUCAUGUAUUAUGGACCAGACCAGCUCCCCCUUGUGUAUUAUGGACCUGUCCGGCUCCUCCUCGUGUAUUAUGGACCUGUCCGGCUCCUCCUCGUGUAUUAUGGACCAGUCCAGCUCCCCCUCGUGUAUUAUGGACCAGACCAGUUCCCCCUCAUGUAUUAUGGAACAGACCGGCUUCUCCUUGUGUAUUACAGACCAGACUGGCUCCUCCCCGUGUAUUACGGACCAGACCGGCUCCUCCCCGUGUAUUACAGAACAGACCGGCUCCCCCUCGUAUAUUAUGGACCAGACCUGUACCUUCCCAUGUAUUACGGACCAGACCGGCUCUGCCUCGUAUAUUACGAACCAGACCGUUCAUCCACGUGUAUUACGGACCAGAGUGGCUCACCCAUAGUGUAUUACGGACCAGACCGCCUCCCCCUCGUGUAUUACGGACCAGACCGGCUCCUCCCUAUGUAUUAUGGACCAGACCUGUACCUCCCCGUGUAUUAUGGACCAGACUGGCUCUGCCUCAUAUAUCACAGACCAGACCGGUCCAUCCCCAUUUAUUAUGGACCAGACUAG